AGACAACACCCAUUCCUUUGCAAUCUUUGCAGGCCAAACAUCUCAUAUCAUCCUCAAAAAACUCAUCGCCCACUCUGCGGUAGGCACAAGAUGGCGGAAAACCGCUCUUCCUCUCCAACGCCGUCCGAACGCGCACGCAAAGACGCCGAAGAUCGAGCCCGCGAGGAGGAAGAACAAUCCAAACUCCCCUACCGUUGGACGCAGACGUUGGAAGAAGUGGACGUUAACGUUCCCAUCCCCGGCAAUUUGAAAGCGAGGGACCUGAUAGUCGAUUUGAAAAAGACACACAUCAAAGUUUCGAUAAAAGGACAAGAUCCAAUUAUUGAUGGAGACUUCCCACACCCCAUUCAAACUGACGACUCGACGUGGAUCAUCUCGACGAAACCCGACGGCACCAAAGAGAUCGCCAUCAACCUGUCCAAGGCGAGAGGUUCGUACUGGUGGGCUCACGUGGUGACUUCGGCUCCCAAGAUCGACACCACAAAAAUCGUCCCCGAGAACUCGAAACUGUCCGAGUUGGACGGCGAGACGAGGGGCAUGGUCGAAAAGAUGAUGUACGACCAGGAGAUGAAGAGACAAGGAAAACCGACCAGCGACGAACAAAAGAAGGAGGACAUACUGAAAAAGUUCAUGUCCGAGCAUCCAGAAAUGGAUUUCAGUCAGGCAAAGAUUGGUUGAACGAACAAUAGAGGAGCGCAGGAAAAACAGACCCAGAAACGAAAAGAAAACAGAACUAUUUCCGCAGGAACAAUUACGGGAUGACCCUUCCACCUUACCUGGGGUUCCUUAGUGUACAGAGAGAGGCUCUCCGGAGCAUACACACGACUUCACGGAAAUCGCUCGCUGUUGGGGGCUGCCUGGGUAUCGUGGUGGUUUUUGUCGUGACGUUGCGAGACAGUAUAGGUUUACAGAGUACGGUGUACAGGGAGCAUACCCAUACUCUGUGAUAUUCGGUACCCAACCAAAAACCAAAAACCACUAGUACCUUGAUCAAAAAUGUAUGAUACCCAACAAAAUUAAUCAUGAAGAAUUGAAAUACAAAAAAAGAAAGAAAAAAAGUACAUUGCAGGGAUAUAAAAAUAAAAC